AUGGAGGAGCCGCCGCGCCCCCGCCCGCACACCGUCACCACCACCGCCAGCUCCUUCGCCGAGAACUUCUCCACCAGCAGCAGCUCCUUCGCCUACGACCGGGAGUUCCUGCGCACGGCGCCCGGGCUGCUCAUCGUGGCGGAGAUCAUCCUGGGGCUGCUGGUAUGGACACUCAUCGCUGGCACGGAGUACUUCCGGGUCCCCGCCUUCGGCUGGGUCAUGUUUGUCGCCGUGUUUUACUGGGUCCUCACCGUCUUCUUCCUCAUCGUCUACAUAACGAUGACCUACACCAGGAUCCCCCAGGUGCCCUGGACAACCGUGGGCCUGUGCUUUAACGGCAGCGCCUUCGUCCUGUACCUCUCGGCCGCAAUCGUGGAUGCGUCGUCCGUCGCCCCCGAGAGGGACGGCCACAACUUCAACAGCUGGGCGGCCUCCUCGUUCUUCGCCUUCCUGGUCACCAUCUGCUAUGCUGGGAACACGUAUUUCAGUUUCAUAGCGUGGAGAUCCAGGACUAUCCAGUGA